GCCUCGUCUAUCAUCUAACAGGCUGCCUUGUGGUCGCAUAGGCAUAUAACCAUGCCUUCCCCUCCUCUGGUCGGGACAACGACCGGUCGCUAGGUUUACAACAAGACUUGAAAGAUGUCGAAAGGAAAACAAACGACCAACUUACCCCCCAACGGUGGACGAGCUGUCCAUUGCCAUACCUGCCAGAGAUCCUUCACCAACGCGGAUGCUCUGGGUAUGCAUUGUCGGAGCUCAAAAGUGCAUCAAGAGAACAAGUCAGCCCCGUCGCCUUCGCCAUCCAGCGCUGACAAACCAACGCCCUCGCCGACGAACAAGGACUUCAUGUGCAUUCAAUGCAACAGGCAGUUCAAAGACAAAGCAGCAUUGCGAAGUCAUAAAAGGAACUCCCGGAAACAUAAAACUGCCUCACAUUUUCCACUAAACGUUUCCUCCAACACUACGAAGGCGGCAGUCUCAGGCUCAAAUGAAAGAGUAAUAGCGCUAGAGCCAGGAACAGGCAAAAGUACCGCUGAGAAUAACAGCAUUGAAGAGGAGGUGGCAGAUUUUCAGCAUCAACCACGUCCAUACCCACUGCCACGCCGACAGAUACACCCAGCCAAAACAUCAGGUCCCAAUGGAGAUUCGCAUAUUGACAUUGAUUUUACCACGGUCGAGAUUUUGGUGGAUGCCCUAAUACCAGCCUUCUUCGAAAGCCUAGACGAGGCGAAACCUGAUAACCCGGUUGCUUCGGUACCAGAGAAUCAGGAGGGAGGUACAAAUUCCGAGACCCAUGAAUUAGGUGCCAGCGAAGUCCCUGCACCGUGGUCCCGGGUCCCAUUAAACGAGCGUGACGUGGUACUAAAUGCUCUGCAAGCAAAAUGCCACACCAUUGGAUCCCUAGCAAGGGAGGGAUACUGGACCCAGACGCCAUCGCCGGUAGAUAUUGACAUGAGAAGACAAUGCAGUGACUGCGGAGUUGAGAAGCGAAGAAUCAGUACACACCCAGAGGAGUCGGUAUGCCGAUUCCAUCCAGCACGAAAGCCUUUUCAGGACGGGAUAAUACGAGGUCGAGGCACACCAAUGCCAAAGAAAUCCCGGUGCGUUAACUGCAAGCAACCCGGCAGUUCAAAGGGCUGUAUUGUCUACUCCUCCCAUGCCUUCGCACCCCCUAAUGCAAACCUGGGUAAGAUGGCACCGACACCGGCCUACAACCGGGAAGCUCGCAAGGCCGUCGUGAUAGAUUGUGAAAUGGUCGGAGUGCUCGGCGCCAGUGGCCGCGAAUGCAGUGUGCUUGUUCGUGUCAGCGCGGUCGAUUUCUUAAGCGGUGAGCUUAUACUUGAUACGUAUGUCUCUCCGCAGGGCAAGGUAAUAUCCUGGCGCACGAAGUUCAGCGGCGUCAAUCGCUCUGUUCUCGAGAAGAAGAAUCAGGAGGGGAAGGUGGUAAAGGGCUGGCAAGCUGCAAGGGAUCUGUUAUGGCAGUUUAUUGAUGCGCAAACGGUACUUAUCGGGCACAGUCUCAAUAACGAUCUUGCUGUCCUUGGAAUGGUACACACGCGCGUUGUUGACUCGGCUAUCAUAACGCGGGUUGCGGUGGGUGAGGACUGCAAGCGUUGGAAACUACAAAAGCUCGUUCAGCAGUUUCUUGACCUGAGCAUUCAAGCUGGAGAUGAGGGUCAUGAUUGUGUUGAAGAUACCUAUGCUGCGCGUGAAGUUAUAUUGUGGUGCUUGCGAAAUGCAUCUGGGCUGCAGGCUUGGGCUGACGAUGAACGGAGAACCAUGGCGGGAAAUACAAAAGAAGGGACAUUGUCACAAAAGCCAUCAAGGUAGCAUCGACGAAUCGACUCCUGCCGGUUUUGUCUGGUUGUGGUGGAAAUUCAGGUCAACCUUGCGCUUAUAAUUUAUGUAGCAGAGUCCGGUAUAGAAGCUCAGACCUCAAUGCAAUGCGUUCCUAAACAAAAGAG